UGUUUUCUUCUUCUCUCUCCUUGACUGUGACUGACGAGACAACGCUUCAAAGCUUCAUAAACUUCAAAAACUACGCGUCCCUUCCUCUUCUUAACCAAACCCAAACAAAAACCCUAAGUUUCUCUCUCACUCACUCUCUCUCUCUCUCACUCUCUCUGUGCGUUUGCUCUUCGAAAUUUGCAGGAUUCGAUUCCAGUUUCCUUCAACGUAGAUCGCGUGUUUUCCUUCGCACUGUGAAAUUCGGCGGGCAAUUCAUGAAUGGAAGACAAGGACGAGCAACCUCCGAUCCCGCCGCGGUUGAGUUUGCCGGCGACACGAGUUGGACAUUCGCCGCAGAUGGCUCAGACGCUGCCUACUUGUUCUCGCCGAUGGAGAGCGAAGCGUACUCAGGGAACGGGUGGAACCUCGAACUGGACCAGUUGAACCGGAUCGGCACCGACGAUGGAUUGUGGAUGCCGGUUCAAUCCUCUCUGACCUGUUCGAUUGAACCGGCCGCUGCUGCAUCGUCGCGGUCGAAUAACCAGUCGGUGUCGUCGAGCUCCAGUGAGGACCAGCCGGAGAAAUCCACCGUCUCUGAUGAGAAACCGCCUGAGAUACCGAUUAAAGGUAAAAAGAAGGGGCAAAAGCGAAUACGGCUGCCACGGUUUGCAUUUAUGACCAAGAGUGAAGUUGAUCAUCUUGAGGAUGGCUACAGAUGGCGGAAGUAUGGUCAGAAGGCAGUUAAAAAUAGCCCAUUCCCUAGGAGCUACUACCGCUGCACAAACAGCAAAUGCACGGUGAAGAAGAGGGUUGAACGCUCUUCCGAGGACCCAACGAUUGUGAUUACCACAUAUGAAGGUCAACACUGUCAUCACACCGUUGGAUUUCCUCGAGGGGGAAUCAUUUGUCACGAGGCUGCUGCCUUUGCGGGCCAGUUGGCUCCUAUGUCACAGUUUUAUUAUCCAAUUCAUUCACCCAGAGAGACUAAUAAUAUAAAUACUCUCAGCUCCAUUUCUCCGCCAUGCCAAGCACAGGAUGAUGCAUCUGGGGGAUCCAACACUGUAAUGCCAGCUGAUGCGUCGUCACUGCAGCCUCCCACUGAUGAAGGGUUGCUUGGAGAUAUUGUACCUCCGGGAAUGCGUAUCAGAUGAGAGAAUAAUUUCAUGGAGCACUAGACAUCUUAGGUUAAAGUAUGAUUGGAGACAAAGGAAUUCAAAGGUUUUGUAUUUGAUGGGCCAAUAAUCGUUGCUAUGAUUUGAUUCAGCUGAUGAUGGGUAGAGGAGCAGAGAAAAUGCAUGGACAUGCAUGCAUUUUUGUUUCCUGUACACUCUGAACAAGUAGGCCACAAGCGGCAUCAAUUUUUUCCUUUAGCAGGAAGUCCCUUUUAGCCAUAUAUUGUCUCGAGAAGCGAAUAUAGUAUUUAUGCAUGGGUACCUUACAACCUCGGUAGCAGGUAAUUAUCUACAUCUACCUUGGGUCAUAUAUUUUGACCAUGACGAAGUAUCAUUCAUUUAGUGAUAGUUAUUAUGUAUGUACACAGUUAUUAGAUUUUUAUUUAAGCAAGAGCCAGUGUAUAUUAAGGAAGCUCUUUUUGAACUAAAAAUUCUCCUUGAGAUUGUACAACAUGUAUGAAACCUAAGCAAUUCGUAACCCAUGUAAAAGUAGAUAUUUUGUCCACCUAAGCACACAAGUUUUGUUUUA